AUGGAAACUCACGGGGGAGGCUGGACCUUGGUUUACAGCUACACCUUCACAAAUUACAACAGUUUUAGCUCGUCAAGCAAUGCCGUAACCCCCCAUCCAAACUGGCCUGCCAGUGGCGCCAAUGUCCCAAUCUCAACCACUCCUCCACUCAGUGAGUCAUCUCUUGGGGCUGUAGACUGGAAUCUUUGGAAGAACAUUGGAAAAGAGUUGAUGCUUCCGAUCAAACAUCAAUGA